GACGAUGUGGGCAUCUGGGAUAAUUAUUGGGAUUAGCCGAAGUUGUUACACCAGACUUUCGUACGGGAAUGGUUUAGUAGGCUGGUUGGAGGAUGACACAGGAAUGGGCACCGAGCAUCCUGAUGGCAAGUAA